AUGGCUUUCUCGAGCCCUUCGCGCGUGCUUCUACUGGCAGUCUUCUCCCUCUUCGCGGUAGUACAGACAGCCACUGUUACAUAUGACUUCGAAAUCGGAUGGGUCACUGCGAAUCCAGAUGGUGCAUUCGCCCGUCCCACGAUUGGCAUCAAUGGACAAUGGCCAAUUCCCCAGAUCACGGCAAACGUUGGUGAUCAGGUCGUUGUUAAUGUCUUGAACUCGCUGGGAAACCAGUCAACCUCGCUGCAUUUCCAUGGACUUUACAUGAAUGGCACAACGCACAUGGAUGGUCCUGCAGGUGUGACACAAUGCGCAAUCCAACCAGGCUCCCGGUUCACCUACAACUUCACAAUCAACCAGCCGGGAACAUACUGGUACCACUCUCAUAUAAGAGGCCAGUAUCCUGACGGUCUUCGUGGGCCGUUGAUCAUCCAUGACCCAGACUCUCCAUUCAAUGGGCAGUAUGACGAGGAACUCGUCUUGACCGUUUCCGACUGGUAUCACGAUGAGAUGCCCGGGCUGAUCAAGGGCUUCAUCAGCAAGGACAACCCCACUGGUGCGGAGCCAGUCCCGAAGAAUGCUCUCUUCAACGAGACACAAAACCUCACUGUUUCUGUUGAGCCCGGGAAGACGUACCUGUUCCGCAUGAUCAACAUCGGGGCCUUCGCGGGGCAAUAUGUCUGGUUCGAAGGCCACAACAUAUCGAUCGUGGAAGUCGACGGGAUCUACACGCAGCCUGCGGUAGCAGACAGGAUCUAUCUCUCUGCUGCUCAGAGAUGCAGCUUCCUGCUCACGACGAGGAAUGACACUUCCGCGAACUUCCCCUUCGUGGCAAGCAUGGAUACUGACCUCUUCGACACUCUUCCUGAUGACUUGAAUUGGAACGUCACCGGCUGGUUGUCGUACGAUAGUUCGAAACCACUGCCCGACCCAGCAUUGGUGGAUGAGUUCAACGAGUUUGACGACUUCACUCUGGUUCCCUACGAUAACCAGACAAUCCUCGGCGCGCCAGACCAUCAGAUCGAGCUGGAAGUCAUCAUGGACAAUCUCGGAGACGGAGCCAACUACGCCUUCUUCAACAACAUAACAUACAAGGCCCCGAAAGUCCCAACACUGUACACGGCGCUCUCGGCCGGCGAGACCGCGAACAACGCCCUAGUCUACGGGAGCCACACCCACAGCUUCGUGCUGCAAAAGGGCGAGAUCGUCCAGAUAGUGGUGGACAACGACGACACCGGCAAGCACCCCUUCCACCUGCACGGGCACAACUUCCAGGCCGUGUACCGGUCCGAGGAGAACGCGGGCUUCUUCGCGGACUCGAACGUCACCGAGGCGGACUUCUCGCAGGUCCCGAUGCGCCGGGACACGUUCGUGCUGAAGCCGCAGGGCAACAUCGUGCUGCGGUUCCGCGCCGACAACCCGGGCGUGUGGCUGUUCCACUGCCACAUCGAGUGGCACGUCGAGUCGGGCCUCAUCGCGACCAUGGUCGAGGCCCCGCUCGACCUCCAGCAGACCCUCACCAUCCCGCAGAACCACUACGACGCCUGCGCCGCCGCGUCGCCCGCCAUGCCUACCGUCGGCAACGCGGCCGGCAACACGGUCGACCUCUUGGACCUCAGCGGCGAGCCGUCGCCGCCCGCGAGGCUCCCGGAUGGGUUCACCGCGAGGGGCAUCGUGGCCCUGGUUUUCAGCUGCAUCAGUGGCAUCCUCGGUGUCGCUGUCGUGGCGUGGUAUGGUCUCUCUGACGACCCUGCUGCGGCGAAGACUGCGGGUACCUCUGGCGUUUUGCAGCAAGGUACCCAGCAUGACACUGUUGCAAACGGAAACGGGACUCGCGUUGAGGAGGUCACUACUGUAUCUGGUGGCGGUGCAGGGGCAGGGAAGAGCUGA